AUCGCCAUGACAUACACGGACUAUGUGCAGGGUUGGCUGAGCUACGUGGCGCUCGUGAUUCAUUUUGUGGUGGAGAAGGUAUGGACAUCGGUGGGGGUGCCGACGCCGUCCUCUGCCUCGGCGGCUCCUGGAGAAGACGACAAAGAUGCGUCCCAUCUGCUGCUUGGUGGCGGCGCCUACUCGCGGUCGUCGUCGUCAACGUUGACGCCUGAAAUUUCCGAGGACAGCACAAUUGUAAUCAUCCACCACGGCAGCGUGGCCCAGUUCUGCGGCACUCCAGACGUUAUUGAGCAUAGAACUAUGGAAGAGUUCUGCAGUCCACCGCCCCAAAACAACGAGCAGCUGCUCGAGUACAUUGACGGGUACGUGGGGUGGCUGACGUCUCCCCGUCAAGACAACAAGCACAUGCGUCGAGUCAGUACUGCCAACAAAGCCAAAGAGUUCAUGCAAUGGCUGGACUGUGAACCAGAAGCGGACCAACCUUUCGUCGGUGAUGGAAAAGGCACUGUCGCCAGUGGAAGCGACAACCAAGAAGAGCCUGAAUGCGAUGCCUUCGACCUGUCAAAGGAAGAGUAUGGUGGGGUCGCGGCGCCAUGGGAUGCGGAGGCGUACAAUGCCGUGUGAGCAAGCCCUGACUCAUCAUAUUUAUAAACCAUAAAUAUCAAUCACGU